AUAGAUUUGUAAUUUCUGGAUUUAGAUAGAUUUGAGGAAGGGGGGAGUAGACUAUAAAUAGGAGACAGGUGUAUUGACUGAGACUCAACGACACUCCACCAAAGGGAACCUGUGACAAACAAAAAUGCCUAAAAAACUACAAUCAAGACAGGAAAGUGAUAUACCCGACACCAGACAUUUCAACCACGGAGAUGAUGAAACCGAUGACGGAAGUGAUAUACUUUAUUACAAAAGUCUACGUAAAGAAAAGCCCAAAGUCAAGCUCACGGUUUCAAGUGACAUUAAGAAAUUAAACAAAAAGGAAACAUGGGAUUGGAAAAAGAGUUCUUCAACAAGGCCAACAGUGGAACUUGCAUCAGUCAGUGCAUCAGGAAGCGGCAUCAUAGGCAUGAUUGACACAAUUGACAGACCAGCACAUGCCAAUGCAGAAGGCACCUAUGCUCGAGCUGGAGCAUAUGCGGAAGCUUUUGAGAACAAACCAGGAAAGAGGAUUCCCAAGGCUGGAGUCUAUGCAGAAGCAGGAAUUGGACGAGCUAGUGCUGAGUUCAGUGUAUUUAGGGUAGAAGCCAAAGGCCCAAACGCCGCAGCUAGUGCUGAAGCCACUGCGGCUAGACUCGGGGCUGGAGCAAUGGCUCAGGCUGAAAUUGGCAGCGCGUCAGCUAGUGCCGGUCCAUUGGAUGUGAAAUUGGGACUCGGAGUUGACACGGGUGGAUAUAUUGGUUUGGGUGGGGUGGAAGCCAAAUUCCUGGGAACUGGAUUCUCAAUCGGUCGAAAAACCAGUAUAUCUUUUUUUAAUUCAGAACUGUCUUUUUCGUUCUAAAAAUCUCACUUUUGACUGCUUCCCUUAGCGGAUCUUUUGCAUAUCUACUGAGCACAGGUUUUCAAGCACUAACAUGACGAAAACCCAUUAAGUAAUACUAAUAUUUAACCCACUAAAUGAAUCAUUCAAAACUCUUGUCCUCUAUUUGUUACCCUGGACACACAAACCCAGUCUUAAGUCUUAAUUUUUUCAAAACUGAUAUUUAUACAUCAUAUUGAAGCUGAAUAAAUAAGAUUUCCAUUGGUCUAUGGUUUGUUAGGAGGACAAUAUUUGGCCAAGAUACACCUAUUUGGAAAUCUGUAAUCUGAGGGUGCAAAAAAAAAAUUAAAUACUGAGAAAAUCAGCUUUUAAGUGGUCUAAAUUAAGUUCUUAACAAUGCAGAUAUUACUAAUAAAUUUAGUUUUGAAAUAUGUAUGGAUGGGAAAUUUACAAAAUAUCUUCAUUGAACAUGAUCGCUACUUAAUAUUCUAGUGAUUUUUGGUAUGUAUUAAAAUAAUAUAUAAUUUUGACCCAUGCAAUUUUUUUUUUUUUUUUGGCUAUUGCUACAAAUACACCCCAGCGACUUAAGACUGCUUUUGUGUUCCAGGGUCACGUAUUGAAUAUCUCUUUUUUUUUUUUUUCUUAUUCAAUUAUGUCUCUGAACCGUUAUCAUAUUGUAAGUGAUAUCUGUCAAAGCUUCAAAUAUUAAACUCACACUUGGUUGUCUAAUUUGGUCUGAUG